AUGGCCGUCGCCUUGCCUGAAGACACCCUGUAUGACAUCUAUUCAAGAAUUCCGAUCAAAUCUUUGGCUCGUUUCCGGUGUGUAUGCAAACAAUGGCAUGAAUACAUCAACGAUCCUCACCUUGCAAAGAUUCAUAAUAUCAAAGAAGAACCCAAACCCACGCAUAUUGCUCAAAUCAUAUCUUCUAAAUUCCAACCAUUAGUGGCCGUACUGAUCAGUUUUCUACAUAUAGUUAUGGAAGAUAGUACAGCCGGAAUAAUGCAGGUAAAAAAGGAUUCGUCUUGUAAAUUAUUACUAAAAAGCUUUUCGAGAAGUUGUUAUUGCAAUGGGCUCAUCGCUUUGGUAUAUCAUGACAAUGCUUAUGAUAUUGCCACCACUUACGUAGUGAUCAAUCCGCUAACCAAGGAACGCCACCAGUUGCCCCUAGUCACGAGGCCCUAUGAAUUUAUAAUAGCGCAAGGGCUCGGUUUUGAUCAUUCCACCAACACCUUCAGGAUGGUCUGUGUUUUCCUUAAAAAACAGUUGUUUACAGGAGUUUACAUACACACUGCGCUGGUACAUGUUUUGGGUACAGACUCGUGGCGACAGAUACCCCAAGUGCCCUUGUGUCACAUCACUGGGAAAGCCGUCUAUGCUAAUGGACGUUUGUAUUGGUAUUCACGCACUAGCAGCUGGGAUACCGGGUCCCACUUAGUUUGGUUUGACAUGAAGACUGAAGAAUUCGGAGGGGUUGACCUUCCCGUCAAACAAGAAGAGGGUGGGUUUUUAAGCUAUAAGUUGAUUGAUCUUAACGGACAAGUGGGAUUCGUGUAUCGUAAUAGAGGGUCUAAUAAAAAAGUAGUGUGGAUACUGAAGCAUGAAGAAUGGACGAUACACUGUGUUUAUGAUGAAAGUAAGCCUGGUUAUUGUGGCCUCUCGGUUGUUUUAGGUUGUUGGAACACAGCCGGAGACUUAUUAAUAAACUUUGGAGAAGGAUUUCCGUUGUUGGUUUACAGACUCAAAAGUGGCCGUUUCCAUAAGCUGAUCGGCCCAGAUGAUGAAGCAGGUGAAGAUAAAGGAAAAGCAGAGGUUCGAAUGUAUCAAAGCAGUUUGUUUUCAAUACGUAAAUGGCAUUAA